AAUAGCAUGCAGACAAUAAAAUUAAGAUUAUUGCGAUGUGACGCAUUUCCAAACUCCAGCCAACUCCUCAUGUUAGCUUUUAAACUGCCAUUAGCACAGUGCUGGUUUAACUAAUUAAUUGGUUUGCUGACUCCAUUUUCAUGAUUCAUUGUUCAAGCUGGACGAAGGAGUGAUGUGGAGACAUCUUUAAAUCAGCGGUCUGUGAUUUCCUCUUUAAGUUUGAGCGACCUGCCCCCCUGGACUUGAAUCAUCCUUCUGGACUGGAGGAGCCCGGCCCGUCUUCUCAGCGAGCCUGGUCAAUCUGAUGCCAGAUGAUCGGAUGCAGACUGAAAAAACUCCAACCUGGAGGACAAUCGACCCGUAAAGUGUGGAUUAUUCUGCCUCUGUCCUGAGAGGAGUUGAGUGGGAGUCGUGCUGCAGUCACAGAGGGACUCUGAAUCUCUGGACCGCUGCAUCCAGACUGCUCUGUCAUCCCUCUACCCGCCCUUCCAGGCCACGUCUCCCACUGUCCUCUGUCAGGUCCUCAACGUGGUGGAGAACUGCUACAGAGGAGACGGUCUUCGCUACCUUUUACACUUCCUUCUGCCUGUGAAGCAAUUCUUAGCGAACCUCCAGCAAGAUGCCUGUCUGCCGUACUGCGGCCUGCUGUUCCGUCAUGAAGGCUGGCCUCUGUGCGUCCACGAGAAGGUAGUUGUUCAUCUCUGUCCCCUGGACUCGCGCCUCCUCCACCCCGGAGACUUCUACCUGCUGGUUUCUCCCCCUGCUGCGGCUCCUCCUCCACCUCGAGCACGCGGUGCCUCCUGCAGGAGCGCCGUCGCCUCCUCCCCUCGCCUGCUCCUGUGCAGCGCGUCAGCCAGCAGCCGCCAUGUGGAGCAGCAGGAGGUGUUGGAGAUAGCCCUGCGCUCACUCUUCACAAUGGCCUGGCUGGACUCUGUGAACAGGGAGAGGGAGCAGCGAGGAGCGUCCAGGCUGGAGCGCUGCCUCCUCUCUGCCAAUGGAGACGUCUUCAGGGUCCCCUGGGAGGACCUGGUCUACCCACAAUUCAUCAGCCAGCCCCGGACCUCCCUGAAGGAAGAUAAGGAGUCAUCAAUUAAGGAGGGAGAUUUGUUAAUAAAUACCAAUCAGUGUAGAGAUGCUAAUACCUCAAAACAGGAUGUUAAGCUCCUCCCAUCGUCUCCACAAACUGACCAAUCGCAGGCAAGCAGCGAAGACUCUGACUCAGAGGGCGAGUAUGUGGAGCUGUCGGAGCUCCCGCUGCCUCUCUUCUCCCCACAGAAAGGCUCCUUAACUCAGUCCAUCAGCCUGCAGCACCGAGCCAGGACCAGCACACACACCACUGCACACACACCUCUGAAUACCACCACAACCACUAACACACACACACCUCUCCAAACCUCCGACACACACUCCUCCACGAGCACACAACCACAGAAUACUCACAAAAGCAUUAACGCACACUCUACUGUGAGCACACACACACUGACUGCUGCUAUGACUCACACCACACACUCCUCCGGGGCCUGUGAGGAGGUCAGCUCACACACCGGGCAGCGCUCCAGGAUCACAGAGGAGAGCCAAGACCAGGAUUCCUCUGGAUCCAUCAUCCUCACCCCGAUAUCCUCCUCCUCCUCCACUGCCCUUCCUGACGUCGUGGAAACCUCCAGCUGUCAGUCACAGGAGCAAACACAAGGUACUGAUUCAGGCCGGGGUCUGAUGCCAAACACGGAACCUGCAAACUGCACAGAACAGAAAGAGAGGGAAGAGGUAGGAGAGGAGAAGCAAGAAAAAGAAGGAGAGACAGAGAUAGAAGAGGGGGAGCUGACUGAGAGGCAGAAAGAAACAAAUGAAAGGGUAGUGUCAGAUGAUGAGGGUGAGGAGAAGGAAGGAGAACAGCAGGAAGACACAGAGAGUAAGAGAGAUGAAGAUUAUGAAAGUGAGACAGAGGAUGACGGAGAGGAAGAGUCUGAUGAUGAGUUAGAGGAGGUGGAGGUAGAAGAGGAGGUUCAGUUUAUUAUCGUGCAGCACAGUCAAGAUAGGAGGGAGGAUGAGGAGCAGCAAGUGACGAGAGAAGAGGAGAGAGGAGGUGAAGAGAAACACAUCGAGCAGGAGGUCGAGACACAAGCUGAGGGUUCAGAACACACACACUCUGAGGGUUCAGAACACACACCUUUUGAGGGCUCUGAACACACACACUCUGAAAAGUCUUGUUCGGAAAAUAAUGCAAAUCACACACACUCUGAGGGCACCGAUUGUGAAAACAAAACACACCUCGAGGAGUCUAGCACACCUCACACACACUCUGAGGGCUCUGAUGGUGUAAAACACACACCUCACACACACUCUGAGGGCUCUGAUGGUGUAAAACACACACCUCACACACACUCUGAGGGCUCUGAUCAUGUAAAACACACACUUCACACACACUCGCUGGACUCUUUUUCUGAAGAAAACACGAUACACACAAACUAUGAAGACUCUCGUUCUGAAAAUAAUAAACACACUCACCCCGAGGACACUUAUUGUGAAAACAACACGCACAUGGAAAAGUCUAACACACCACAAACUCACCCUGAAGACCGUUAUUACGAAACAAACAUUCAGUCUGAAGACUCCAACCCUGAAGAGGACUCGUUCAAAACCCUUGCUGAGGAAUCUAAAACACCAGAGAUGAAUUCAGACUCUCACAGGACUCAAGAGUCUGAAAAAGCACAGGAGAAGCUGGAAGAGGAGGAGAAGAAGGAGGAGAAGAAGGAGGAGGUUGGUGGAGGAAGAACUGCAGAGCUUCAAACUGAAGGCCUCUGCAGUGAGACGCCCCCGGCCCAGACACAUGUCAGUCUGCCUGAUAAUCCACGCCCAGCAGAACCAAAACCAGCUCGAGCUGCUCGAGUUGCUCCUGCGGUCCCAGUGCGCUUCUCUCAGACCUCUCAAUCCUCCCAAUUGUCCCAGUCCUCCCAGUACCACUUUUACAGCGUGCUGAAAAACUCUGCAGCUCUCUGUCUGCCUGGAACCAGAGACCGAGGCGGUCGGGCUCUCCUGACCAUCUGUACCAACAACACUGUGUGGUCAAACCCUGACUGUGACAGCGCAGAGCUGCUCCGCCUCCUGCUCUACUACACCUCCACCCUCAGAAAGGAGGUGAUGGCGUUGGGACUGACGGCGCUGGUGGAUGCCCGUAGAGCUCUCCCUCUCCCUGUCAUGUUUUCUGCACUUAGGUCCCUUCAGGAGAACAUACCAGGCUCCAUCCACUCUGUGCUGCUGCUGGUCAACAAGGACUCGUCUCUACGUCUGGAAAAACCGCCAGCAAUACAGGUGGAGGUGUUGAACUCUCUAAAGUCCGUUCAGAAGCAUGUGGAGCUCCGACAGCUUCCUGCAGAGUUUGGAGGAUCUUUCAGCUUCAGUCAGAGCAGCUGGCUCUGUUUCAGAUCGAGAGUGGAGCAGCUAACCAGUCAGUGUGAAGAUGUCAUCAACCUGCUGCAGAAAAACAUCAACAACCUGCAGUCCACACCUCUACCUGCUGCAGCUCAGGAUGCCGAGCUGCUGCUGUCCAGGUACAAGGCAGUGAUGGGUAACAUUCUAGCAGACAGCCGAUUGGUGCAGUUGCAGCAGGAGGGCGGAGCUUUGCUGUCGCGGCUCCGCAGAGAGGAGAGCAGCCUGAGCGAGACUGAAGAUUACCGCGCGGCGCUGGAAACGGUGUCGACUCUGUACAACGAGGUGGACGAGCUGCUCCACCGCCUCGUGACGCUCUCCAACUCCAGGACUGAGGAGCUCACCUUCAUCCUGGAGUUCAGCCGGCUGGAGCAGGGCUUCAACGAGGUGAAGUCGUGGCUGGACGAGGUUGGGGAGGUGCGUCUGACGAGUCUGGAUGAACCGGAUGAUUCUCUGGAGCUUCUGAACAAAAAACAGCAGGACUUCAAAGAUUUCCACACCACUGCAUAUGAGAACUGCAGACGAGGCGAGGAGUUAUUGAGUCACCUGGAGCGUUGGGGUGACGUAUCAUCAGCUGACCUCCGCGUCUACGAGGUCAAAGUUCAUUCUUUCUGGGCUCGGCUUCAGGAUUUCUCUCAGCGGGUUAAAAUAACGGGCACGAACAUCGAGCGGGCCGUCUGCCUCUACCGCUUCUUAGACCAGGCCUAUGGCUGGGCAUUGGAGGGUAUGCGUCACCUAGCUGGAGUCAGCAUGGAGGAGUGCACGCUGCCGGACAAAUGCCAGUCUGUGAUUGGCUGCCUGGAGGACUAUCAGCGCCAGCACCCACCAAUCCCCGAUGGCCGUUUCCAGGAGAUGAAGGCGCUGGCGGAGGAGCUGCGGGGCGAGCGAGGCCUCCGUCAGUGGAGCUUCGCCUGGUCCAAAUGUCAGGAGACAAAGAAGAUGUUUGACAGGAAGAUGGAGGCGGCGCUCAGGACACGAGACUCCGCCCACAGACAACGCUCUGAUUCCAUCAUCAGCAGAAACUCCAUCUCCUCCAGGAGAUCACUGUCAGGACUAUUGGGGGUCUUUGAGAGGUCCUCCUCAUGUUCCUCCUCCUCCUGUGUCCUUGAGGAGGACACGCCAUCACCUUCUCGUAGCACUUCCUUCUCCCAGUCCCCCCUCGCCUCCUCCACCCUCACCCCCCAACACACACCCCUGCUGCAGCGUCUGCUCCGCAGCCCCACCUCUGAGGAGUCGUCAGAUAAGGUGGAAAUAUGCUCCUCCAGUCCCUGCCUACCCCGCUUCGGCUCCUGUCACAGCUUCACCCCCUCCUUAGCCUCGUCCCCCUCCACCUCCUCCUUCGGCUCCUGUAGACGGCAGCAGCUGAGGAAGACUCAAAGCUUUGACUGUCCCCCCACCCCCGAGUCCACACGCUACGGGCCGAACCCCCGCGCUCUCAGCGAGCCGGUGCGCAGAGGAAACACCGGCGUGUUCAUCCGCGGCCUGGAGGUCAGCAGCUCGGAGGCAGCUGACAACACGCUCUGCCCCAGGACGCCUGCACACGGCUGGGCAGGACCGGGACUAUGCAGCCCCAGGACACCCAGUACCCCCAGGACUAAUGGCAGCCCAGCAACAGACUCCAGACCCAGGGGAAGUAAACUCCGGCACGUCGUGGAGGAGAUGGUGACCACGGAGAGGGAGUACGUCCGCUCUCUGAGUUACGUCAUCCGUCACUACUUCCCCAUGAUGGACCGCGCAGACCUUCCUCAGGACCUGAGGGGAAAACGCUCCGUGGUGUUUGGAAACCUGGAGAAACUUCUGGACUUUCACAGCCAGUUCUUCCUGAAAGAGCUGGAGGCCUGCUGGAAACACCCGCUCAGAGUGCCGCACUGCUUCCUCAGACACCAGGAGCAGUUCAGUCUCUACGCUCUCUACAGCAAGAACAAACCAAAGUCUGACGCUCUGCUCGCUUUGCACGGACACUCCUUCUUCAGGAGGAAGCAGGUGGAGUUGGGAGAUAAGAUGGACUUGUCCUCGUACCUGUUGAAGCCGGUGCAGAGGAUGAGUAAGUACGCUCUGCUCCUCACUGACCUGAUGAAGGAGGUGGGCGGAGCUCAGGAAGCCGAACACGUUGCUCUGCAGGACGCCACCAGCAUGGUCAAGUUCCAGCUCCGCCACGGCAACGACCUACUGGCGAUGGACGCCAUCCGAGACUGUGACGUGAACCUGAAGGAGCAGGGUCAGCUGAUCCGUCAGGACGAGUUCACUGUCUGGACGGGGAGGAGGAAAUGUCAGCGUCACAUCUUCCUGUUCGAGGAGCUCGUCCUGUUCAGUAAACCCAAGAAGAUGGAAGGAGGACUCGACGUCUUCAUCUACAAACACUCCUUCAAGACAGCCGACGUGGGUCUGACAGAGUCCGCAGGAGACGACGGGCUCCGCUUUGAGAUCUGGUUCAGGAGGAGGACGUCCAAAAACCAGACCUUCAUCCUGCAGGCCCCCAAUGCUGAGGUCAAACAUGCCUGGACGAGUGGCAUCGCCCGAAUCCUGUGGACGCAGGCCUCGAAGAACAAAGAGAUGCGUUUGAAAGAGAUGGUGUCGAUGGGAGUGGGGAACAAACCGUUUCUGGACAUCCAGCCGAGCGACGCAGCCAUCAGCGACAGAGCUGUUCACUACAUCAUGAAGAGUAGAGGUGCCAGAACGCGAGCGUCCAUCGCUGUCUCUGUCUUUGAUCACUCUAACCCUUUCAAACGAGGAGUGGCGACCUCUGACCCCGGAGCCUGUGGACCCUCUUCAUCCGGCCUGCUGGGGCCGCUCAACCUGCACAUGUACAGUCAAACCCUCUCCUCAUCUCCUGCUGCUGAAAGCUCCUUCAUCACCUCCUGUAUCGAGGAAGACGAGCAGGAGCACGAGACCAGCAGUCAGCCCUCCAUGACCACGGAGAGCUCAGGCUCAUCGUCUCGCUGUCUCUCAGGCUCCACCGGCUCCGACAGCGGCUGCGUCUCCUCCCACCUCCAGGAGGCGCUACCCGAGGAGCCCAGCCCCACCAGCCAGCCCUCCUCCUCCUCCUCGUCUUCCUCCUGCUACUCCUCCAACAAACAGCACCACCUCAACAACCAGUACAUUUCACCUAAAACAGCUCCUGUCAUCAGCCCGGCCACCAUCGUGUGAGUCAGCUGACCUGAUGGACUCGUCCGUCAGCCUCCUGCUGCAGUUUGGAGUUCCCUCUCAGAUUUGAAGCGGCCCCGUUUGAUCGUGUCUGAUGUUUGGAUCAGUUGUGUUCAUGUCGUUGAGCUCCAGUAGAGUUUGUUCUGUAAAUAAUGACUGUUAGAGUUUAUUGAAUCUCAUCUGUCUGUAGUUUGACUCCUCACAGCUGCCGUCUGUGGUCUCUCGUCGUGCCGACGUGGCGUCAGUCUGUCGGCAGCUCGUCCCGGCUGUGAGGAGUUCAGGUUUGUGUCAGAGCUGGUCCAGGAUCAGCCGGCUGGAGUAACUGUACAUGUGUGUAAAUAAAACCACAGCUGAGUGUCUGCUGUCACUUUUCUUACUUGAAUAAUAAACGUGUUUGUUUCAAACUGA